GCAGCCUUCUGUCAGAUCAAGCUCCUGCUCCGUUUUUAAUAUUUUUUUUCCUGAAUUUUGGAUCCGGGGGUGCUGGAGCUGGAUGGAUUCCUCCUUUGCUGGGUAGAAGUUGUCCCAGUUGAUCGGACGGACUGGGAUCUGAGCGCUUCAGGAUUGUUUUUAUUGUGAUGCGACAGGAGCGAACCUGUGGAUCAGUGGGUGAACUGAGCCGCAGGGAGGUUCAUGUCUGAGGUUUCUGCUUCCUUUGAUAUCCUCGCACCAUGCCUGAGGGGUCGCGGCGCGGCAGCCAGAGAUCGCCCAGUAACUCAGCCACCAAGCGUCCCUCCUCAGUCUCGUCUCUGAGUGGGAUUGUAGGUAGGAUGAUGUCAGCUGGCGAGCGAGCAGCAUCUUCGUCCUCCUGCACGUCUGUCAACACCUUUUGUUCAGACAACGAGCGUCCCGUCUCCCUCUCCUCCUCCACCUCCUCGGUCUCUCUGCAGGAUGCGUCCCACUCCUCUUCUUCUUCCUCCUCCUCCUCCUCACUUCCAUAUGGUGCGGUACCAGCCUACAACGCCUCUUUAUCAUCGUCAUCAUCCUCCACUCCAAAACGCAACGGCUCUGACAUCAGCCUGGACCUCACACCACUAGUAACUCUGCACACUGUAGCGCCUCCGACGGGUGGAGGAGGGGUUCCCAAGAUGACGGCAACAUGCCCCGCCCCUAAUGGACAUAUAACCAAUCCGGUUGCAGCGAUGUUGGCAGGGGCCAUACCCAGGCAGCUUUCAAGGCUGGAGAGAGUUAUUCUGGAGAUCGUGGAGACGGAGCAGACCUACGUCAGAGAUUUAAAAAGCAUCGUGGAGGACUACCUGGGCUGCAUCAUCGACUGCGGCGCCCUGCCACUGAAACCAGAGCAGGUCAGCACGCUGUUCUGCAACAUCGAGGACAUCUACGAGUUCAACAGUCAGACGUAUGAAGAGAGACAGGUCCGUCCUGCGGGACCUGAAGCGUCCUUACGGGACGCCGUGAUGGAGAACCGACCGAUCGACAGAGACAGCGACUGUCAGCUGUGA